AUGAGUAGUAGUAGUGGUAGUAAUAGUUAUAAUCAACAACAACAACAACAACAACAGCAACAGCAACAAAAUGAUGUAAAUAAUACAAAUAAUAAGAGUAGUAGCUACUCUACAUAUGUCAGUGGUAAUAAUAACAAUCUAACUUCAAUGUCGACACUCAAGAAGUUUAUUGUUGAGAAUGGUGAUCAUAUUUCGUUGAUGAGAAACUUGAUAUUGUUUCUGCCUGGUCGUUACGGUGAUUCUGAAUUGAAUCUUGAAGCAUUUUAUGCUAGUACAAGAAGUGAUAGUAAAUCUAAAUAUCGUUGGCCAGCAAUCAUUGGUAUUGAAGCUUUAAAAGCUUUUUUAAGAAUUAAAUUAUUAUUCAAGACCAAUGGAAAUAUGUUGGUGCAUCACUCAUUCCACGUUCCUUCAAAAGACAUCAAAGCAUUAUCUGAAUCAUUAUCAAAUCCAAUUAUAAGUGAGAAACCUGUUUACGGAGGAAAGAGAAAGACACUUCAUGAUAAACUAAAGGAAGAUAGUGAGAAGAAUGUUGGAGACGAUUCUACUUUGAUACCAUUGUUACCACCUUGCGCACCGGUCGAUAGAUACCCAAAGAUCAUCAGUGAGUUGCUGUUUAUUCUACGUCCUCUGAUUUAUUCAAUCACCAGAUGGACCUAUGGCAAGAAGUCGUGGAAACCAUGGUUGAUCUCACUGGGUAUGGAAUAUGCAAGUCUCACCAUAUCAGAGUAUGGAGCAGUCAUACAUCACCUACCUCCCACAAAGUUGGAGAGCGAUGAAAUCAGUAGAAGACGAAGACUCUUGGUUUAUUACCUAUUGAGAUCACCAUUCUACGAUCGUUUCAUCGGUGAUGGCAUUGUAUUUAGAAUCUUAAACUUCUUCAAGAAAGUUCCAAUCCUAAAGAUCUUGGUUGGAUGGUUUUUAAAUUAUAUCAACGCAUUUAGAACCAGAUACUUCUAUACUUCUGCUUCAUAA